GGGAUUCAGAGCUGAGAGUGCUGCUCUCCUUCAUUCAUUUGACUAAGACGGCAAAAUGUGUGGCAAAGUAUGCUAAGGAGAACUGUGUGACAGAGGCAGACAGACAACUGAAAAGAUGUGGAAGUUCACGAAAACUUUCGGAUGUCUCUUCCUUCUCUUUUUCUGCUUGUCUCCGACUGAAUGCCGUGUGCUGAAGUUUGUUGUAGCUGUGUUCCGACAUGGCGAUCGAUCGCCCAUUGAGUCGUAUCCCAGGGAUCCGCAUGGGGAGGAAGUGUGGGCUCAGGGCUUUGGACAGCUAACAGAGCUGGGGAUGAAGCAACAGUUUGAGCUGGGAAGGUUUCUGAGGAGGCGCUAUGGACGCUUUCUCAGUGAGGACUACAACAACAAAGAGUUAUACGUGCGGAGUACUGACUACGAUCGGACUCUGAUGAGCGCUGAGGCCUGCCUGGCUGGGAUGUUCCCCCCGAGCAGACGCCCACCUCCCAUCAUGCCCCAGUUACCAUGGCGGCCCAUUCCGGUGCACACCAUCCCUAGGGCCCAGGACAAGCUGCUGAAGUCCCCGGGCAAAGACUGCCCAAGAUUCAGAGAUUUGAUGACGCAGACCUUUGAGAGCCAGCCCUACCAGAGAUUCCUAAGGGCUCACCAGUAUUUUGUGGAACAACUUUCCAACCACACCGGCUACCCCGUGUCCAGGCUGGUUGGCAGAAAAAUAUGGAGGGUCUACGACACUCUGACCUGUCAGAGGAUCCACAACCUGACUCUCCCACGCUGGGCCACCCAAGAAGUUCUGGACACCCUGAGGAAAAUAGCAUCUUUCGAGGUCAUGUACAGUAUCCUCAGUCAUAAGCGGAAAGAGAAGGCCAGACUCUCGGGGGGGGUCCUGCUGAAUGCCAUCCUGAGGAAUUUCUCCAAGGCUGUAGAGCAAGGGAGCACUCUCAAAUUCAUCAUGUACUCAGCUCACGACUCUACACUCAUCACCCUCCAGGCUGCUCUGGAUGUGUACAAUGGCCUUCUUCCUCCUUAUGCUGCCUGUCAACUCUUUGAGUUCUACCAGGAGUAUGAUGGAUCCUAUUCUCUGGAGCUGUAUUACCGCAAUGACUCCUGGCGCGAUCCCUUCCCAAACCCUGUGCCAGGCUGCAACGGGUUGAACCCCUGCCCUUUGUCCAUGUUCACUGAGCUGGUGAGGGAGGUUGUGGCAGAGAACUGGGAGGCGGAGUGCGGGCUCAGACCAAGAUGGGCAAGCACAGGCGUCAUAACGGCUCUUGCAGUGGCUGUGGGUCUCCUGGCAGUGGCGCUGUUGCUUAGCAUAGGAGUGGCAAUCCACAGGAGAAAAGCACACUACUCCAGAGAGGUGUAGUGCAGAGGAGUGUCAGAUCAAGUGCCAAUCAUAAACAAUGCUGCCUCUCACCUGUGAGGAUAGUGCUAAUAAUGUAGCAUGUACACGUUUUUAUUAGUUUCAGUCUUACCUGGGUAUGUGGGGUUUUUCAAACUCUUACUUUUUCUAAGAUUUCUUACAAAUUCUGUAUU